AUGACGCGGCACGCUUUAUCCGUUGUGGUGCCUCAGGUAUUUGGAAUAUGGCAUCGACAGAUGGGACUACAAUUUGGUGCUAGCACGAUCUGCUGGCUGGCUUUAAUAUCGUACGUCUGGUGUGGUGCAAACAACCUUCACAUGAGCGAUGGCGUACGAACGCAGGACAUAAUUGCGGGAGAUGUAUUUUUCGAAAUUUUAGAACCAUCUGCCCUGGAGUACACGUACCGAUUGCGACCAGCUAAAGAUUUCGGAGGAACGUUCGGAAUUUCGUAUAAAUCUCCACAAGGGAAGCUAGUACCGGCAAUACCGGCGGAUGCGUGUUCGACGAAAUUCGAGAAUGCCAAAGAGUUGAUUGGGAGUAUCGCACUCGUCGAGCGUGGCCAUUGUUCCUUUUUAACGAAGGCGAUCAAUGUAGAAGCGAUUGGUGGAGCAGCCAUAAUCGUCACAGAGUACGACACGGAGAUAGAUGACUUUGAUUACUACAUUGAAAUGGUGCAUGAUAAUACCGAUCGCGAUACGAAUAUCCCAGCGGGAUUUUUACAUGGCAAGAACGGAAUCAUUAUCCGACAAACGCUUAAAAAGAUGAAUCUACCGUACGCGAUUGUCAACAUUCCCGUGAACCUCACGUUCAUACAGCCCCAUAUGAUCAAUCAACCUCCUUGGUUACCAUGGUGA